CCUCACUUUCGCCCCCUAGCCGUUGCAUUUUUGCAAGGAGCUCACAAUACCUGGGUUCGAUUUUGCGCUGAGUUCAUUGCUGGUGGAACAAUAGAUAGGUCAACUGAUGUUCAGUGGCAAACGACUUACAUGAAAACCACAAACGAUGACAAUGAGGGUGCACUCGGUACUGUCCGCACAUCUCUUCGCCGUGCGCCACACAUGGCACUAUCCCAUUUCAACUCUCGCUUCAUGUACAGGAAAAACAAAACCGGCACUUACAUCAAAAAUUCCCUUGAUGCCUGUUCCCAGCACAAGCUCUGUAGAAAGGCUCGCGAACGUGAUAAAAGUAGUGAUGAGGGUGUACGGCAGGUUGUGCAGGUGGAAUAUGAUAAGGAGGUGGUGCAGAAACACCGGGAAGAAGACAUCAAGAAAUACGCUCGUCGAGAUGCUGCAGUAGCAAAGCUUGAUGCAGUGGUACCUCGACUCACGCUAGAAGAAGUCAGCAAGCUUCGUAGUGCUGAAGUUGACCUUCAGAUUCAUUGGCAUCGCAGAUUCAACACAGCAAUGCCGGCUGCCAAAAACAUGCCCAGCACGAAAGCAAAGAAGGUAGAGGUGUUGAUGGAGGCUGUAGGACGUUAUCUGCGUGGUGAAGCUACACCGAGUGGUCAAGCAACAUACCCGCAGCGGCUUGCAUUGUCAGUCCAAGAGAUAGUACUACUAGGAGAGGGUGACUCGUGA